AAGAACUAGUUUUACACUAACCCAACCAGCAGCCGAGAUCGUGAGAGCGCGCGAGAGGCAAAAGAAGUUUGUACAACCAGGUUUAUUUUUAUAUUCUGAGUAUAUGAAAGGAAAAGAAGGAGGUGCACACAAAUUCUGAAGUGACAAUACUUAGAUGUAGUGCAGGGCAUCAUAAAGGGAGAAGAAAGGAUUGACAUGUGGUAGUAUAAACAGCUGUAUCAUUUUAAAAUUCUUAGAUUUAUGAUUUUAGACAAAUUUAAAGCUCAGCAGAGCUGAUGAGUUUUUAUAAUUUGUCAUCAGCAAACUGUGUAUCUGUAAAUCAAUGUUUCACGUUUUUAGCUCACCUGAGCUGGAAACUCAAGUGAGAUAUUCUGAUCACUUUUGUGCACUGUCUGUCUGUACGUCUGUACACAAACUUUUCACAUUUUUUACUUCUCCAGAAUCAUUUGGCCAACAUCAAUUAAACUUGGUACAAAUGUAAAUAAUCCUUGGGGAAUCAGGUUGUGCAAAGGAAGAGUCAUGAUCCCUUCAAAGUGAAGAUAAUCAAGAAAAUCGAAAAAUAGGGUGGAGUCAUUUAAAAAAAAUUUUCAAGAACCACUGGGCCAGAAAAGUUGAAACUUACAUAAAGGCUUCCUGACAAGGGUACCAUCAAGUUUUUUGAUUGAUUGAAUAUUGUUUAACAUCCCACUUGAGAAUAUUUCACUCACUGCCGGUGAAGGGCUGCAAAAUUUAGGCCUAUACUCGGCGGUUAUAGCCAUUGAGCAGGGAGGGUUCUUUAUCGUGCCACACCUGCUGCAACACGGGACCUCAGUUUUUUACGGUCUCGUCCGAAGGACCGCCCCAUUUAGUCGCCUCUUACGACAAGCAUGGAGGUACUUGGGACCUAUUCUAACCCCGAUCCACACGGGAUAUCUGUCAAGAAAAAAAAUCAACACCCAUGCAUGCGUUUUGUUUCUUUUAUUUUCUAACUGAAUAGAAAUGCUCCAAGGGCAAGGUGGGGUAUUUUAGGGGAUAGGAGUUUUACUUGAGCAUAUAUAUAACAAACAUCUUUGAAAACGUUCUUCUCAAGAACAACAGGGCUUUAAGGAGUACUGCCUUGUUGAUAUGCAAGGAUACCCAGGUAGUGUAGACUUAAGUUUGAUCAAAUCAGUACCCCGAAAGUCAUGCCACUGUGGAUAGUGAGGAUUCACAAUAGGGAUCAAAGUUUUGCAUGAGAUUAUAUAUAUAGGAAAAUAUUCUCAACAAUUGCAUGGUCACUAUGGCAAGACCUUAUGCUUCAUACCAUGAUUGUUGAUCUUUAACCUUGUAUUUCAGUUAUGUUGUAACAUUUGGGGCAAGAAAAACAAAGAACAGCUGAACAAGAGCAGGGCCAAGGUAACUCAGGUGAUAACAGCUCGAUAUAUCAGCAUCAGAAAGACAGAAGAACAGAAAACAGGCACUGAAUCCUCAGGACAGCUGUGUGAAAGAGAAAAGGAAGAUAAAAACAGAGUGCAUCAAUUUUGACCACACAGAGUAUCCUUAAGUAGGGGGACUCAACACUAAUCAAAAUCUGACUGCCUGUUUUGACGAAGGAUUGGACCAUCAACAAGUUACUGUAUAGAUUGUGUUCCUAAAGACCCAGACCCUCCACAUCAUGGACACACUAGGACUCAGCACUCAGCUAAAAGUACGACAAUGUUCUCAAUGUCAGGGAGACACUGAGUUUUACUGUAACACAUGUAAACGUGAUAUGUGUUUACAGUGUAAAGAGAAACAUGUCAUUGAUCUACAUACCAUAAACCAUGAUGUUGUGAUUUACCGUGAGAAGUUUAACUACAUCCCCAGACGAGAGAUCUGUGUCAGACAUCCAGACAGGUUCUAUGAAAUGUUCUGUCAGUCGUGUGAACUUUCUGUCUGUUUCCGAUGUUUAGAGCACCGAAAACUCCAAAUACUGGACAUUAGAACAGCCUAUCAAACAAAGCGACAACAACACCGAGAAAUCAUUGCCAACAUCAGAAGUGAGACUCUCUAUAACUGUCGUGUUCUCCUGGCAGGAAUCCAAACUGAUAUCCAAACUUGUCCCCCACAAAUCUGUCACCGUCAAUCACAGAUGUCAACAAAAGCCCAGAGACUGAAGGAUCUGAUUGACACUGCGGUAUGUGAUGUUAAAACAAGAUACCGAGGUUUAUUGAUUGAUAGAAUACAACAAGAGAAGAGAAAAAUGAACAGACACCUCACCCACAUACAGAACUAUGAAGACAGAUAUGAACAAUCAGCAAACAGAGCGGUACAAUUCCUCUUGUUUAUAAAGACCAGUCGUGUCCCCCAGAUAAAGGACACCCCUAAUCUUCCACAACACCCGCUGCUGUCCCUGACUGAGGGAUUCAACAUGGAGGAUGUCAGUCAGUUAUUGAGGGGAAUCCCAGAAAUCCAAAUGACAACAGGAAAACGACAAGUAGGAAUAGACGAGUGUGUGAAACUGAUGUCCACACCUGUAUUACACACGUCUGUCUGUGUGACAGGUGUUAGUCAUGUGUAUCACAUAUUUCGUGUGAUGUCAGACCGGGUCUGGGUCUCUGAUUACAAUCUUAUCUUGACAGACACAACAGGAGACACUAUACACUGUGUGACAGAUGUAACAUCAUGGUAUAGAGGAGGAGUACACACAGUGAACAGUUCUGGUGAACUGAUUUAUAUAGACAGUGAUUAUAACAUCAACAAACUGUCUGUGGACAAUCACACAGUCACCACACAGAUAGAGUAUACAUCACCAUGGAAACCAGAGUGUGUGUACUGCUCCCCGUCCACUGGAGAUCUGAUGGUCGGGAUGUGGAACUAUAAAACAGGCAAGGUAACCCGGUACAACAGUAGUGGUCAACACAUCCUGACCAUACAACAUGACAACAAACGUCAGACACUGUAUAGUGAUCCUUAUUAUAUCACAGAGAACAAGAACGGUGAUAUUAUUGUGACUGACUUGUCACGUUGUGCUGUAGUGGUGACAGAGCGCGGGGGGAGACAUCGAUUCUCCUACACAGGACCUCCAUCAGGAUCAUCACUAUAUCCACGUGGAAUCUGUACAGACGCGCUGUCACACAUCCUGGUGUGUGAUGAUAACACCCACACAGUACAGAUGAUUGACAAGGACGGUCACUUCCUGUCUCUGUUACUGACACGACAACACGGGAUAAACUUACCAUACAGCCUGAACUAUGAUGAUAAAACUCACCUUCUCUGGGUCGGAUCACGGGACAACACAGUGUCUGUAUAUAGAUAUCUACAGAGGAGGUACUCUCUGACUGUUAAUCCAGACAGAGAUGAGCAGAUCACGGAAGCUUCUGAAAGUUUUGAGGAGGUUCAGGAAUCGGGAUCAGAGCUGGAAAUCAGUGGAGAGUCCGAGUCUGAAGAAAACAGCGAGGAUCUGAAGUCUGAGGAUAGCGGCGAGGAAUCUGAUCCUGAUGACGAGGACACUGCUGAAUCAGGGACCAGUGAAGAUAAUGGUGUAGAGGAAAACGAUGAUCGGAAUUUAGAGGAGACCAGCAAGAAUGAAGAUGAACAAGAAAUGUCUGGAUGUCAGCACGAAGGGGGGGAUUGCUGUGACUAAACAGGGCACCAACACCUCAUCACCACAUCAUCUUCCAUCCUCCACCUGAGGCAUUGAUGUUAACAGGCCACCAACACCUCGUCACAUCAUCUUCCACUCUCCACCCGAUACAUUGAUGUUAACAGACCACUGAUAUCUCAUCACCACAUCAUCUUCCACUCUUCACUUGUGUUCCCAAAUAGAAUCCCUGAUAAACCUUAAAAUAAAGCAAUCUAUCAGUAACUGAAAAGACAAAAGCUUUGGACUUUGACAUUGCAAUAUAGUACAGGCAGGCAGCAGCUUUCUGUUUGGAAUUUAAUUUUGGCGUGAAUCCUCUUGAGGACAUGAAUCAGAUUUCACAAACGUAAUACGCCAGUUUCGAGAUUAGAGCUCUCCUGUGUAGGAGGUGUAUUUAGUGGAACUUUGAAUCCUUAGGUGGGGCAGAGUGGUACCACAGUCAGUGAGAAAGACGAUAAAAUGUAUAAAAACCGAGUUCUUAUUAGAUACUUGAUGUUGGAAAUGUAAAAUACUGUAAAAAGAAAUGUUUUACUAAAGUGGAAACAUAAAUACAAUGUUAUUUUUCCAAGCAAUGUCCUGGAUAUGAUAGAUAGGAGCAACAAAAUAAUGUGAUAUAAUAAGAAUUCUAAGUAUUUAAUUACUUCUUGAAUACUUAUCAUUUACUUAGUUUGUGUAUCAGUCGAAAUUGGGUGAUGAAACUGCGUAUGAUAAACUUACUGAGCAGAUUCACUUAUCUCUCCCACUCCUGCGUGUAAACAAGUUGUUUUGCACCUUAGUAAGUACGAGAGUUCUCCAAAGGGAAAUAACUCGGACGUAUCUCGAAACCGGCGUAUUGUCUUUGGUGUCUGUUGAUGAGAACAAGGAAAACAUUGACCCCAGUGUGCAAUACACGUGUUGUGAAAACAGUUUUAUGUUUGUAUCAGAAUUUGUAUAGACAGUUUUAUGCAUGUAACAUGCUUAUCAUGAAAAAAAUAUAUAUUUGUAUCGGAAUUUUGUAUAUUACUUCAUUUGGUUUAAUGAUUGUAUCUGAAAUUUUGUUUAUUAAGUUUUAUGUGUAGUUUGAUGUUUGUAAACCGAUGUUUUGAAUAUUACUACAUUUAGUUUGAAGAUUGCAUCAGGAGUUUUGAAUAUUACUACAAUUAGUUGAUGAUUGUAUCAGAAAUUUUGUAUAUCACUAGAUUUAGUUCAAUGUUUGCAUCAGAAGUUUUGAUAAACUUAGAUCUCCAGUUUCAUGUAUAUCUGUUAUUGACAUUGCUUUGUUUAAAGAAUGUUACACCAGAAUAUAAUAAUUUCACGUAAAAAACCA